UGCAGCUCCACUGACUAUCAACAGCUCAACCUAACAUACAUGCAUCAGAGCUCGUUAACCUCCAAGUUCUUUCAAUUCCCAUCCACUUUAUUUUAUCACCAUCUUAACUUUUCAUUCACGACUGUUGACUUUCAUUCAUCCCUUCCGAACUGCAUUUGCACCAGGGAUUGAAUCAACAUCAUGAACGGUGAUAGCUACACUGCUCGAGAUGGCCGGCAUGGCUCAUCUCGAGAAUUUACUCGUGAUGAUCGGAGAGAUCGAGGUGACCGAGGUGAUCGACGAGAGCGACGACGAAGUAGAUCGCCUCGUCGGUCGCAUCGUGACGCGAGAGACGAGGAUGCCUAUGCUUCCAGCCGUAGUCACCGAGACCGUGAACGCGAGGACCGAUAUGGUGGUGGUGCUGGCGGCGGUGCCGGAGGCGGUGGUGGUGGUGGCAGAGAUAGAAGAGACCGAGAAUGGGAUCGCGACCGUGGAUCGAGAAGAGAUGGUCGCCGCGAAGAUGCCGGCGGCCGCCCUCCUCGACGCGACCGCGACCUGUUCGAUGAUCGACGUGGUGGCGGUGGCGGCGGUGAUAGACGAGACCGCGACAGAAUUGAGAGAAACCGAGAUGAUGACCUCUUCGCUCAGAAUCGACGAGGACGUAGCCCAACACCGCCACCUAAGAAGCGCGAACCAACCCCAGAUCUUACCGACAUCAUCCCUGUUCUAGAGCGCAAACGACGUAUGACACAAUGGGACAUUAAACCUCCUGGUUAUGAGAACGUUACCGCCGAACAAGCCAAGCUAUCUGGCAUGUUCCCCCUACCGGGCGCACCGCGACAGCAACCGAUGGAUCCUACGAAGUUGCAAGCUUUUAUGAACCAACCUGGUGGUGCAGUUAACAGCGCAGCACUGAAGCCUGGCAAUUCCCGACAGAGCAAGAGACUCAUCGUUUACAACAUCCCCGCCGGUUCGACCGAGGAUAUUAUCAUGGGUUUCUUCAACCUCCAAUUGAAUGGCCUCAACGUUGUCGAGAGUACCGAUCCCUGCGUUUUGUGCCAGGUUUCCAGAGACCAAUCGUUUGCACUUCUCGAAUUCAGACACGCUUCAGAAGCUACAGUUGCCCUCGCCUUUGAUGGUGUCUCGAUGGAACCUGACGAAGUUGCGAACGGUGCUGUCAAUGGUGGUGGACGUGGUUUGAAUAUCCAGCGUCCUAAGGAUUACAUUGUACCUGCCAUUGCUGAGGAUGUCCCGUACAAGGCUGGUAUAGUUUCGAAUGUUGUCAUUGACACCCCGAACAAAAUCAGCAUCGCGAACUUGCCGCCGUAUCUUACUGAAGAACAAGUCACCGAACUUCUGACCUCUUUCGGCGAACUUAAGGCGUUGGCCUUGGUCAAAGAUACCGGAACUGACGAAUCUCGAGGCAUUGCAUUCUGCGAAUUUGUCGAUCCUGCUACGACCGACAUUGCCAUCCAGGGCCUCAAUGGCAUGGCCAUUGGUGACAACAAGCUCAAGGUGCGGAAGGCUAGUAUUGGUAUAACCCAGGUAGCAGGCGUUGAAAUGGGUGUGAAUGCUAUGUCUAUGCUGGCUGGAACCACCGCCAAUGACUCAGAGGAGACACGCGUAUUGCAGUUGUUGAACAUGGUGACACCAGAAGAAUUAAUGGAUAACGAUGAUUACCAAGAAAUUUGCGAGGAUGUUCAUGAAGAGUGCUCAAAGUUUGGCCAGAUCAUAGAUCUUAAGGUUCCUCGACCUACUGGUGGUAGUCGGCAAUCUUCGGGAGUUGGAAAAAUUUAUGUCAAAUAUGACACGACGGCAUCUGCGAAGAAGGCUCUACAGGCUCUUGCGGGCCGAAAAUUUGCAGACAGAACUGUGGUGACAACAUACUUCCCAGAGGAGAACUUUGAAGUGGGCGCGUGGUAAUGAAAAAAAGGGGUUCAUGUAGUCUUUCAUCCUGAAGUACGAACGGGAUGGACUUUGCAAAGAUGCCAUUUGCGGGAAAAGAAGGCUGGGCUAACGAAUCGCAAGG